AUGACUGGCAAGCGUAAGAAGACCCAUUGGGCGGUACGCCGCAAGAAUAAGCAGACCCGACGCGAGGGUAGCGACGAGCAACAGCAGGACAAGGAGCCGCAGCCGGAUCGUCGCGCUGACCGCUCAGAUGCUGUCCACCCAGGCUCUUACGCGGCUCAGCGUCAGCCCUCCGAGACCCCAGCGGCAGAUGUACAAUCCUUGCCGACCAAACGCCGCUAUGGACUCUGGGUGGCCUUCUGCGGCAAGAACUACAGUGGGAUGCAGAUGAACGAAGGCGUCAAGACCAUCGAAGCGGAGCUGGAGCGCGCGCUGUUCGAGGCCGGCGGUAUCGCCGAGAGCAACUACGGCUUCUUGCAGAAAAUCGGCUGGAGCCGCGCUGCUCGCACCGACAAGGGUGUGCAUGCCGCUGGCCAACUAUUAACAGCCAAGCUUCACGUGGGCGACGAUAUCGCCGGCUUCAUGGCCAAGGUGAACGCUGCGCUUCCCGAGGACAUCCGCGUCAUGCACAUGGUCACUGUCACCAAGAACUUCAACGCCAAAAUGUCGUGUGACCAGCGCACCUACGAGUACCUGGCACCGACGUUCAUCUUCGGCAAACGUACGCGUUCGUCCGCUUCAAAGAACGAGGAAAAACAGGCUGAAGGUGCGUCCCAGUGGCCGUCGGACCUGCGCGACUCUGAAGAAGGUUUCAAUGACAACGUGAUGAUUGACAGCACGACACUGGAGGCACACAAGGCUUUCCGACUGAGCGACGAGACGCUGGAACAGCUUAAUGCCACACUGAAACAGUACGUUGGUACACACAACUUCCACAACUUCACGUCCAAGAUGGAGCCCACCAACCCUCAAGCAAACCGCUUCAUCAUUUCAUUCGAGGCUGAGCGCCCGUUUGUGCAGAACGACAUGGAGUGGGUACGACUGCGUGUGGUUGGACAGAGUUUCUUGCUGCAUCACAUCCGCAAGAUGAUCGGUACUGCUGUGGAGAUCGUAUCGGGUGUUACGGACCACUCGACGAUUGAACGCGCCAUGGAGCUGACAAAGAUGGACUUGCCCAAGGCGCCUAGUGUCGGGCUGUACCUAGCGCAAGCCCACUUCGAAGUGUACAACAUGAAGAUGGCGGACUCAAUCCAGACGUCGCACCCGCCGCUUGACCUGAAGGAACCCUCGGUUGCUGCCGCUGUCGAGCAAUUCAAACGCGACUUCAUCUUUGACCACAUCAUGAAGCACGAAGAACGCACCCGCACAUACGCAAAAUGGCUGCGUACUAUGGAGGUACUACCGUUUGACUACGUUGCAAAGCCCUACCUGGAAUGGAAGAAGGAGAAAGAAGAGGAAGCCUUGCGCACGGAUCGUGCUGGAAGACGUGAAUUGGCUAAGGCUGCGUGUGCUGAAGUCGCUGCUCAGGCCAAUAACACGACGGGGCCAGCAGUUGCUGAAGAAGUAGUGAAAGCAGAGGAGACAUCUACUUCCAGCUGA